AUGGAAGUACCAAAGAUCCUUACUAUCUCAAUCAACCAAGACUUUUCAUGCUUUGCCAUUGGAACCACUGUUGGGUUUCGUGUGUUUGGAAUAGAAAAUGGUAGAUUUAGAGAACGGUUUAAACGAACACUAAAAGGAGGAGUUGGAAUUAUAGAACUUUAUCACAAAUCAAAUAUGUUAGCCUUAGUUGGAGGAGGAACAAACCCAGCGUAUGAACCCAAUAAAGUAAUUAUUUGGGACGAUUACCAAGGUAAGCCAUUUGGGAUAUUAGAUUAUCCAACAGAAGUAAGGUCAGUUAAAUUACAAAAAAACUAUUUAUUUGUUGUUGUAGACAAGAAAAUUUAUGUAUAUAAUUUUAAAGAUUUAAGACCUUUGUAUCAAUAUGAUACUGGAAUGAAUAAUAAAGGGCUAAUUGCAGUAAGUAGUAAUGAUGGCAAAAUGAUUGCUUUUCCUUCAUACCAAGAAGGAAGUAUAAAACUAGUUAAUUUAGAAACACAAAGUGAAAGAGAAGUACAAGCUCACAUUCACAUGGUCUCUACAAUGGCAUUUUCACCAGAUUCACGGUCUUUAGUUACUGCAAGUGCACAAGGGACAUUAUUAAGAGUAUGGGAUACUAAUACACUAAAACAAAAAAAUGAAUUCAGAAGAGGUCAAAGUCAAGCAGAUGUGUAUAGUCUUAAUUUUUCACCAAACAGUGAACUUAUUGUUACAAAUUCAAAUCGUGGAACAGUUCACAUUUAUGGUGUUGAAGGAGAUUCAGAAAAUUAUAACAGACCAAGUAAACUUUCAUUAAUAAUGAAAGACACUGGGUUGUAUAGUAAAUGCGAAUGUACAAUGGAAAGUGAUGUAUUUACUCUUGUAUUCUUCCAUUGUCCACAACUUCAACAUAUCAGCAUUAUUGGUAUUUCUCAAACAGGUAAAUUUAUAAAAUAUCAGUUAACAAAGAAAGAAGACCAACCUACGUUAAUAUUUGAAGAAAGUUUACCAUUAGAUCCCAUAUAUAAGUGA